AUGUUUCGGUUUCAGGCACCUUUCGCUACGCUAAGCCGCCGUCAAAGUACGUUUGCAUACAAAAAGUGGGUUGACCUUGAAACCUCUCAAAGGCAGCAAUUCAUAAAAGGCUUUGUCGAGAACUACAGAAAGCAAUACCCAGGUUCAAAGACUAAUGUGUCGUUAAAGGGUUUAGCCCUCGGGAUGGAGGACCACGCGGAUGCUCCCACGGUUUUUGGAAUAUUUUAUGAUGACAUUUGGGGCCUAUGUAAAAAGUCUAAGGAAAGCUUAUAUUCAGGGGAGAAAAGUGCAGCACAGCGAAAUGAUAUCAAACAGACUGGUCGAUUCGGGCAUGAAAGUUUCUACGAUCUCUUGGUUGGGAAGGAGGGCGAUCAUUGA